AAAAAGGAAUAUCAAUCCCUUUCUUCACACUCCUGACUCCACUCUUUAUUUCGGAAUCAUUUCUCUCUCCCACAAUCUCCUUCUACUUCAAACUCCAUCCCCCUCAUUCUCGUUCUCUGAAACUUCUCUUGAUUUUUUUUUUUUUAUUGUUUCCCGUUUCUUCUUAUUGUUGAAGCUUCUUGAAGAUGUUCAUGGAUUCGAUUUUGCUUUGACGUAGAAGCUCCAAUUUGUUGAAAUCGCGUUUCAGCCUCAACCAUCAUGAGUACUCCUCCUCCUCCUCCUCUUAUUUUCUGCUUGAUUAUCUUCUUCCUAAGUCUCCUCUUACGAUUACAUUCAGCUUUUGAAUUUGACAAGGUAACACGUUUACCUAAUCAACCAAAAGUUGAAUUUAAUCAAUUUGCUGGGUACAUCACCAUUGAUGAUACCCGAGAUAAUCAGAAAGCACUCUACUAUUAUUUCGUUGAAGCCGAAGUUGAUGCUACUUCCAAACCGGUUGUUCUCUGGUUAAAUGGGGGCCCUGGAUGUUCAUCGGUUGGUGUUGGGGCUUUUCAAGAACACGGCCCCUUUCAACCAACCAAGGAGGGUCAUCUUCUUAGAAAUCCAUUCAGUUGGAACAGAGAGGCAAAUAUGAUAUAUUUAGACUCCCCCGUCGGUGUUGGUUUCUCGUUUUCGGCCAACACCACUUAUUAUUUUCUCCUCAAUGAUCGAAUGGCAGGUUUAUUUCUUUUCUCUUUUUACUUGCUUAUUUUUUUCUGCAAUUUAAUCAACCUCAACAAUCAAUAUGAUAUACUAACUAAUUCCUUCCUAUAUAUACAUAUAGCAAGGGAUAAUUUGUUGUUUCUUGAGGGAUGGUUCAACAAAUUCCCCUCAUACAGAAACAAUGAGUUCUUCAUCACCGGAGAAAGUUAUGCAGGUCACUUUGCACCUCAGCUUGCCCAUCUCAUCAUCCAAACCAAAUCCAAAAUCAACCUGAAAGGGAUCGCCAUUGGCAACCCCCUUCUUGAGUUCAACACAGAUUUCAGUUCCACAGCUGAAUUUCUGUGGUCUCAUGGACAAAUAUCAAAGUCAACAUUUGAAAUGUUGAAAUCGGUAUGCAGCUACGCCGAAAUUCAAAGGCAGAGCAUAAAUUUCACACUUAGCACAGCAUGUGCUAAAGUGAAUCUGCUAGUGCAAACAGAGGUCACUGCAUAUACUGAUGCAUUUGAUGUGAUUGUCGAUGUUUGUCUACCAUCAAAAAAGCAACAGUCAUCUAUGUUGACUCAUCAUCUGUAUGCUGGAAAGGGGACAUGUUCGGCUGAGGAAACAGCCAGAUACUUCAAUAGGAAAGAAGUUCAGCAAGCUCUACAUGCUCACCUUCAAGAAGGGGUGACAAAUUGGUCUACAUGCAGUCAGGUUCUCAUAUAUGACUUUAAAAAUCUUGAGAAUCCUACCAUCACUUUGCUAGGAACCCUUAUUAAGUCAGGUGUAAGGGUUCUAGCCUUUAGUGGAGAUCAAGAUUCAGUCAUUCCAUUUAUUGGGACACAGUGGAGAUUCAAAACACGUAGAGCACAAACAACACCAGUAGGUGGAUGGACACAAGUCUAUGGUGGCAAAUUAUCAUUUGCAACCAUAAGAGGGGCAGGGCAUGCAACUUCGUCUACUCAACCGGGCAGGUCACUGGUGCUGUUCAAAUAUUUUUUGAAAGGAACCCCACUUCCCUAUAUACAUUGACAAAGUGGUAGUAAAGUUUGCUGAAGGAUAUUUAGGUAAUUGCUGAAAUUGAUAUGAUAAUUGCUGACUGUCUUGAUUUGCUAGGUAGAUUGCUUAAUGUUAGUAUAGUUGCUCUUAAGAGGUGUAAGAAUAGGGCUGCUCAUGACCUUGUAGGAAUGGCUAGAAAUGUAGGAACUAUGUUGUGGCGGGGAAAUGUCCCUUAACCAGUUGCUUCUUAAAGACCUUUUAUUAUGGCUAUGAACAUAAUUAUAUUGUAUGACUAUGUCUAUGUGGAUUGUAUUAUUACUUAAUUUGUGGAUGAGGUGUUUUGUAGGAGUAUUUGCUUGUGCGCAAUGUAAUUGAAUCUUAAAUUAUAAUGAAUUUACUGGUGUUGUUUGUGCUCUA